AUGGAAGAAAGCUCUUUUUUGUCUAUGCUCCCUCACAAAGUCAUCAAGCCUGAAACAUCCCACCAGUUAAACAAUCAGGAUUUUCAUCACUGCAGCACCUCGAUGCGCAGUGGCGCGAAGCAGGAUUCGGAUCCACCGGUUCCCCUCCAGCCGGGACAGGCGGCGUUCCGCCUGCUCUGCCGCCUCCACACCGCUGGAGGUGUCAUUGGGAGCUCUGGCUCUAUCAUUAAGCGACUCGAGGCACUUUCUGGGGUGAAAAUUCGGAUAGAAAAGGGCCUUCCUAACUGCCACGAGCGCGUGAUCAACAUUGUGGGUGAUGCUACAGUCAAGAAGAAGAUAUCGAUUAUAGGCAGCUUAAAGAACGGUGGAAAUGAAGACAAGGAAAUGGUGGAGGUGGAGGUGUCAAAAGCACAGGAGGGUUUGAUAAGGGUUUUUGAGAGGAUUUUGGAGGUUCAAGGGGGUGGAGAAAAUGAAAAUGAUGACAUUAAUAGCAAUAGUAAAGGGUUGAUAGGGUGUCGAUUAUUGGCUGCCGCGGGUCAAAUAGGGGCGGUUUUGGGGAAGGGAGGGAAGAUUGUGAAUGGGAUCAAGAAUAAUUCCGGGGCAAAGAUCUCGAUUUUGAAAGAGCAGAUUCCGGCUUGUGCAGAACCCAAAGAGGCAGUGAUUCAGAUAAUGGGUGGGGUUGUGUCCGUAAAGAAAGCACUACUUGCUGUCUCCUGUUGUCUUCAAGAUUGCAAACUAGGGGAACGAACUCCUGGGCAGAUGUCUUCCCAGGGAGUUUCACAUGAUAUGCUCAAAUAUAGUGUUCUUAACAAUAAUUCGGACUCACUAGCACUUUCUGGAAAUGCUGUUGAUUAUCAACUUGUUGGCCAUUCUUUGUCGGAAGGUAUUGACAGAAAGCUUAGCCUGGAUGAAGACGAUACCCUAAAGAAAGUGGUGUUUAGAUUCUUAUGUUCUAAUGCUUCAGCUGGGGGCGUGAUUGGCAAGGGUGCAACUAUUGUUAAAUCUCUGGAAAAAGAAACUGGGGCUUGUAUAAAGUUUUCACCUCUUGUAUCUGGAUUGAGAGAGCGUGUUGCCACUAUCUCUUCAGUGGAGAACUCAAAUCCGUUACACUCCCCUGCACAGAUUGCUAUUAUACAUGUUUUUACCAGAUCUGUACAAGUUGCCCUUGACCAUGGCUUAACACCUGGCAUGGGUAAAGGUGAGAACGUGACUGCAAGAAUUCUGGUUGAAAGAAAUCAAAUGGGAUGCUUGGUAGAUGAAGGCAGAAGAGUUGCUUCAGAUAUUAGUACUGCAUCUGGUGUUGAAAUACAAUUAUUGGGAGCAGUUCUUAUCCCAAAUUGUACUGUUGAAGAUGAUAAAGUGGUUCAGAUUAUGGGCGAAUAUGAAAAUGUUAAAAGCGCCCUGUUUCAAGUUACUGGCAGACUUCGGGAUAACUACUUUCCCAGAAUGGGUUUCAAUGGAUCUGAACGCACGCACUCGGCGGAUUCAGCUAUGGCAUGCUGCAGUUCUAAUGUAACGGCUAAAACCAGAAGAAAUGUCACAAGACCUGAAGAUGAUGCUGGAAACUUGAAAACUUUUUCUUCUUGGCUUAAGAAUGAAAGCCUGGAUGAAGACAGUACCCUAAAGAAUGUGGUGUUUAGACUCUUAUGUUCUAAUGCUUCAGCUGGGGGCGUGAUUGGCAAGGAUGCAAAUAUUGUUAAAUCUCUGGAAAAAGGAACUGGUGCUUAUAUAAAGUUUUCACCUCUUGUAUCUGGAUUGAGAGAGCGUGUUGCCACUAUCUCUUCAGUGGAGAACCCAAAUCCGUUAUACUCUCCUGCACAGAUGGCUAUUAUACGUGUUUUUACCAGAUCUGCAGAAGUUGCCCUUGACCAUGGCUUAAUACCUGGCAUGGGUAAAGGUGAGAAUGUGACUGCAAGAAUUUUGGUUGAAAGAAAUCAUGUGGGAUGCUUGGUAGAUGAAGGCGGAAGAGUUGCUUCAGAUAUUAGUGCUGCAUCUGGUGUUGAAAUACAAUUAUUGGGAGCAGGUCUUAUCCCAAAUUGUACUGUUGAAGAUGAUAAAGUGGUUCAGAUUAUGGGCGAAUAUGAAAAUGUUAAAAGCGCCCUGUUUCAAGUUACUGGCAGACUUAGGGAGAACUACUUUCCCAGAAUGGGUUUCAAUGGAUCCGAACGCACACACUCGACAGAUUCAGCUACAGCAUGCAGCAGUUCUAAAGGAAGGGCUAAAAUCAGAAGAAAUGUCACAAGACCUGAAGAUGAUGCUGACAACUUGCAAACCUUUUCUUCUGGGCUUAAGAAUGGAAGCCUGGAUGAGGACAUUACCCUAAAGAAUGUGGUGUUUAGACUCUUAUGUUCUAAUGCUUCAGCUGGGGGCGUGAUUGGCAAAGGUGCAAAUAUGGUUAAAUCUAUGGAAAAAGAAACUGGAGCUUGUAUAAAGUUUUCAUCUCUUGUAUCUGGAUUGAGAGAGCGUGUUGCCACUAUCUCUUCAGUGGAGAGCCAAAAUCCGUUAUACUCUCCUGCACAGAUUGCUAUUAUACGCGUUUUUACCAGAUCUGUAGAAGUUGCCCUUGACCAUGGCUUAAUACCUGGCAUGGCUAAAGGUGAGAAUGUGACUGCAAGAAUUUUGGUUGAAAGAAAUCAAUUGGGAUGCUUGGUAGAUGAAGGUGGAAGAGUUGCUUCAGAUAUUAGUACUGCAUCUGGUGUUGAAAUACAAUUAUUGGGAGCAGGUCUGAUCCCAAAUUGUACUGCUGAAGAUGAUAGAGUGGUUCAGAUUAUGGGCGAGUAUGAAAAUGUUAAAAGCGCCCUGUUUCAAGUUACUGGCAGGCUUAGGGAGAACUACUUUCCCAGAAUUGGUUUCAAUGGAUCUGAACGCAUGCGCUCGUCAGAUUCUGCUACGGCAUGCAGCAGUUCUAAUGGAGGGGUAAUAGACUCCUCGUCUCAACCAGAACAAUUAUCAAGACUGUCUUCUGUUAAUCAACUAGAUUACCUUAUAUUUGUACAUAAGUCAAGCCAUCCUCUGUCAACAGGUUCACAACAAAAAAACGCUAAAACCAGAAAAAAUGUCACAAGACCUGAAGAUGAUUCCCCCCCCCCCCCACCCCACCCCACUCUAAAUUCUAGGAUAUGCACGCAACAAAUGAUCCAAAAUUUGGAUAUGGAUGCAAUACCAUAUAAAACUGUGGAGGUUAUGAUUCCACGUGAUGUUUUUCGUUUUGUCUAUGGUGACGAUGGAAGCAAUCUUAUACUCCUAAAAGAGAUCUCGGGUGCAACUGUUAGACUACUAGAUCCUUGUGCUGGAGAUGAUAAAGGGAAGGUAAUCAUAUCUGGAUCACCCGAGCAAAUCCAGAUUGCCCAGAGCCUGCUUCAAGCCUUUAUUUCAAAGUAA